ACGUUCUUGGUUUUGUGUGUGUAUGAGGAGGUUCAGUGUCACUCUAACAGAAUAAGGGACAAAGGACUAAGAGCGAUGUCGUCUUCAUCUGAACAGUACGAAGAAGGGGAGUACGAGAGUCAACCCAAGAAGCUGAAAAGCGGUCAAGAGGAUGGGGAGAUAGAUUAUAACUCAGAAGAUCAGGACGGGGAAGCAACCGUGGCUGUCAUAACACCAGCCAGGGAAGAAGGCAGCUAUGGGAAUGGAGGUGGAAAUCAUCACAAGGUGUCGGUGUCACCUGUUGUCCAUGUUAGAGGACUUUGUGAGUCAGUUGUGGAGGCUGACCUGGUGGAGGCACUCACGAAAUUUGGUACAAUAUGUUACGUAAUGAUGAUGCCCUUUAAACGCCAGGCUUUGGUUGAAUUUGAAGACGUUGAGUGUGCGAAAAAGUGCGUAUCGUUUGCUACCAGUGAAGCAGUUUACAUUGCAGGUCAGCAAGCCUACUUCAACUAUUCCACUAGCAAACGCAUCACAAGACCCGCAAAUACGGAGGAUCCAUCUGGUGGGAAUAAAGUGCUGCUUCUCUCAAUUCAGAAUCCUCUGUAUCCGAUUACAGUGGAUGUUUUGCAUUCUGUAUGCAAUCCAGUUGGAAAAGUGGAACGCAUAGUUAUUUUUAAAAGGAGUGGAAUCCAAGCUAUGGUUGAAUUUGAUACUGUUCAAAGUGCCCAAAAAGCCAAAGCUGCACUCAACGGAGCUGACAUAUAUGCGGGAUGCUGUACACUAAAAAUAGAAUACGCCCGGCCCACACGACUCAAUGUAAUCCGUAAUGACAAUGAUAGCUGGGAUUACACCAAGCCUUACUUAAGUAGACGAGACCAAGGUAAAGGCCGUCCGAGACAAGCUAUUCUGGGGGACCACCCGUCUUCAUAUAGAUAUGAUGGUUAUGAUUCCCACGGUCCUUUGUUGCCAUUACCAAAUCGCUAUAGGAUGGGAUCUAGAGAUACCCCUGAACUGGUCUCUUAUCCUUUGCCACAAGCAUCCUCCUCGUACAUGCAUGGAGGACCUGCUGUAGGCUCGGUAGCCAUGGUUAGCGUUCUACAUCCAGAAAAAAUGAAUUGCUCCAGAGUUUUCAAUCUAUUCUGUCUGUAUGGCAACAUAGAAAAGGUAAAGUUUAUGAAGACAAUUCCAGGCACAGCUCUUGUGGAAAUGGGUGAUGAAUAUGCAGUUGAAAGAGCAGUCACACAUCUAAAUAACGUGAAGAUUUUUGGAAAGCGACUCAAUGUUUGUGUGUCCAGGCAGCAUUCAGUAGUUCCAAGCCAGAUAUUUGAGCUGGCAGAUGGUACAAGUAGCUACAAGGACUUUGCCAUGAGCAAAAAUAAUAGAUUUACCAGUGUUGGACAAGCCUCUAAAAACAUCAUACAGCCACCAUCUUGUGUUCUGCAUUACUACAAUGUUCCCCUGUGCGUGGAUGAAGAACUCUUCCAGAAGCUUUGUGACGACCAUGGUGUAUCCAGGUUCAUUAAAUUCAAAGUGUUCGAUGCAAAACCUUCUUCUAAAACACUGUCUGGUCUCCUUGAAUGGGAAUCAAAGACUGAAGCAGUCGAGGCCCUUACUGUAUUAAAUCAUUAUCAAAUAAGAGUGCCUAAUGGCUCCAAUCCUUACACACUAAAACUUUGCUUCUCAACUUCAUCCCAUUUGUAAAGAUCCAUCAGAGAGAGGAUUCUGUGACCCAAGCACCGUUUUCCCAUUGUGCAUAUAUAUAUAUAUACUGUAUAUUUCAUAGUGAACAUGUGUAACAUGGCCUUUUGUUUUCCCUCAUCCUUUUUCAGGUUUUAAAGCAGCACUACAUGUUUUAAAAUAGAAUUGUUUUAAAGAACAAUUUAAUUUAAACACAUUUAAUCUUAGGCCCUAUUUAACAAUGUUCCCAGGCAGAGAGCCUGUCCACCUGCUGUCACCACCAGAAGUUUCCCACUAUCUGUUGUGCGAGACCUGGAAAUGUCCGUCAUCCUGGUGGCAUCAGUGUGAAAUGAUUUUAAUCCUUAAGACUUCUGCUUUAUAGGUAGACGUUUGGUAAUAUUAUUUUAUCAUUUUAGAGGGGAUUUCAUUUUUAAUAAACUAAAUAUAAAUAUAUAAUAAACUAAA